AAGUUCCGGAUGGGACCAUGGUUUCAUUUUUAAGAGCUGAGCACUGCGGCGCAACUUCCCCUUUGUGUGCUUUGUGCUGCCCUGCAUGGGAGACCUCCAAGCCUGGGCGCAGCCCUCUCCCUGCGAAAUUGCAUCCUUACUACUGGGACAAGGUCUUGGAAGAGCUUCUGGAGAGUUACUGAAAGAGAGAAUAGAUCUGGACAAGGGGAUCAAGGGCACACCCAGUCAGUUUGUGGACAGCACCCAGCUGGGUGGGAGUGUGGAUCUGCUGGAUGACAGAAAGGCUCUGCAGAGGGACCCGGACAGGCUGGAUCCAUGGGCCCAGUUUACCAGGAGUGAUUAAAGACAAUGGAUCCAGACUUUUUAAAUGCAUUUACACAGCCUUCUACACUUGAUCGAUUCCUAACUGAAGACAUCAUUGCUAAAGGUGAGAAGAGGAAACUCAUAAAACCGACCUCAAGCAACAACCCCAAACUGGAAGAAUUGAAGCUGUUCUUGACCGAGUGGAUCAACAGAACUCUGAAAGAGGAACACAUAGUAGUUAAAAGUCUGGAGGAAGAUCUGUAUGAUGGGCUGGUACUUCAUCAUCUCCUGGAAAACUUAGGAUCUCUCAAGCUGGAUGUUGAGAAGAUUGCAUUAACAGAAAAAAAACAGCGAAAGAAACUCUCAGUGAUUCUGGAUGUUUUGGCCAAGUGUUUGCAACUAGAAGAAAGUCAGCUGAAAUGGAGUGUGGAAUCUAUCUUGGCAAAGGACUUACUGAGCACACUGCAUCUUCUGGUUGCAAUAGCAAAGCACUUUGAACCCACCCUGGCUCUGCCUCCAAAUGUUCAAGUGGAGACAAUCACCAUCGAGACCACUUCCAGAGGAUUAAAGACAUCCAAAGCGGUGGAAUAUAUCACAGAAAACAAAGAGAAUAUAGAAGCGCAGUCAAAAGAUGAUGCCUUUGAUGAAUUAUUUAGCUGUGCUCCAGAUAAACUGGAUGCUACAAAAAAGGCACUUUUGCAAUUUGUUGACCAGCAUGUUGGAAAAUUAGGAUUAAAAGUGAAAAACAUCAAAUCUCAGUUUUCAGAUGGGGUUAUCUUACUUCUCCUAAUUGGACAACUAGAGGGUUACUUUCUGAAUUUAAGGAAUUUCUUCCUGACUCCAGCCAGCACCAUGGAAAUGCUCCACAAUGUUAACCUGGCACUGGAAUUGCUAGCAGAGGGAGGCCUUCUGAAUUUUUCUGUGAACUCUGAAGAUAUUGUGAAUGGAGAUAUGAAGGCUAUAAUGCGAGUUUUGUAUUGCUUAUAUUCCAAAUACAGAACCGAAGAAGAAUGAAGAAAAAGGCCAAUACCUUGAGUUGCCUUUUUUUGUUUGUUUGUUUGUUUGUUUUGGGGGGGGGGAGGGUUUGGUUUUGUUUUGUCCCUUGCAGACCAUGGUAUGGAUUUUGGAUUCCCAGCUCUGUUUGCCGCUGCUUCUGGGCAUGCACUGGUGUUUGACACUUGCUGUGUUAACACUGUAUAGCAAAUAUGUUGUUCAUGCUAGGUUUCACAUACACAGCCUAAGCAACUGUAAAUGUGUUUCCACAGCUGGUGUAAUUCUAGGGCUGUAGCUCUUGUUCCAGAUCCUGCCUUCUGUAUUCUCUAAAGCCCCCCAAUGCUGCAAAGAAAUUAAAUGUAUGUUUAUUCUGGGCCUUGUAUUCUUUGCUCCUGAAGGUGACUUUGAAAGUUGUUGUAUCCUCCCCAUUUUUCUGAUUUGGAAGUCAUUUGGAAAACUAGAGAUGAGAAAGACCCACCAGAGUGGGAGGGCUGAGACACACCUGAAGUUCAAAAUCUGCUUUAGAGAGGUGGCCAGUGGUGUCAGACAAGAGGAUAUGAAUUGGGUGCCAAAUGAAGAGAUAGCAAAAAUGAAAUGUGAACUUACCAAGUGUUUUAUAAAUGUUUCAAUGCUCAUUUGCUUGAAUAUGGAAAAGGCACUCAGCACAAUUUGCUGGUGUGAAACUGUGUAGGAACAGGGAGUUUUCCUGCACAGCUGCAGAAGGAUGCCCUUAUUUCCUUGCUAAGCCAGUGCCAAACCAUGUCCAGCUCCAGUUGUAGCCCUGAUACCAACUCUGGCUAGUAGGGAUGCCAAUCUCUGUCCAGCAUGUUGUGAGAGGGAGUCACACAUCUGCACUUUGUCUGCUGUAGGAGGUGGGCAGAUGCUGGCUGAGCUCUGCAGCUGGUGGAGAUAGAGGCCACUAUGGGUGGGAGCAGUGAAUUCAGCUUCCCAGUGCCUCUGACAGCUGAGUCAUCUCAAACUCAACAGGCUCUCCUAGGUGAAUUUGCCCAGCCUCUAUCCCCCGCUUCCCAGCAGUUUCCUCUGAGUGCAUCAAAGGUAGCCACGAUUUAUUAAUGAUCACCCUCAGUCUUUCUUGGGGGAUUUAAAUCAGGACUCCUUUCAAAACCUCCAUCUACUCUCUUGACCCUAAAUUUAUGUCAUGUUGCAUAAAACUAGAGAUAUAACUAGAAAAAAAAAGCUUCAGUAUUUUUUUUUUACUUCCAUCCAAACUGAAUAAAUUUCCUGUCAUGGGUAACUCUGACAUUUGAUCUCUGAUCUGAUCCUCCAUCUGUGUGUUAAUGGGAAACCAGAACUCGCUGGGUGCAAGUGCUGACAUUUACAGAGAAGAAUUUGUUGUGUCUACCUCUGGAUCAUGCCGCCAAGGGAAGAUCCUUGGAUAGCAAUGCUGACAAGUCUUUUGAAAACAGUAACACUGCACAGCUGCUGGGGGAUGGAGCUGUGCAAACUGCCCUAAGACCAAUCCCUUCUGCACCAAGAAUUAACUUGGGAUGUUUUUACAGUGAAAAAUACAAUCUUUGGUGCCAAUGAGCUACCAAGAUCACUUGAUCCCCAGCAACUAUUCCUUCUGUGUGCUGAUCUGGACAAUUUAAGUAAAGAAUACUUGGUUCUUUCAUUUGCAAUUCCCCAUAGGCACCUUGCUUGAUUCCUUAAUAGGCUUCCAAGGAUCAACUGGGAGACCUGAGAAGCUCAUUCUUGCUUCACAGAAUUUUGUAACACUGCACAUAGAACAUGCACUCAUUGUAGAAUGAAUUGCUAUUGAACAGAUAAACCCAGGAUGUGGCUUGUGGAGAGCAGGGGUGAGAGGGCAGGAGGGCCUGGGCAAUGAUUUGGUAGCAGUCUGGCCUUUUCCUCCUGGGAAGCUCUCCUGAACCUCUUACUCUGUGCUGAUGAUCAGAAUUCAGUUCCAGUGUGUGACUCCAGGCAUAUGACCUGGGCUAGGAAAAAGCCACAAGUGCUAGGAGGAUUAGCUUGUGCUGCCCUGGCUAGAUGGUUAUUACUGCUCAAGGAAACUGCUGGAUUUUAAUCCAUGUGCUCUGAGUUUUGUGUUCCACUCCUCUGACAUAAAUAAAUUCAGCGCUUUUACUUCCAAGAGGGCAAGUCUAGAUCUUGAUAUUUAAUGAAAGAAAGGGUCAUCUUCCCUUUCCAACACCAGCUUGCUUAAACCUGUUGUAAACAAGUCAUUCUUUUGAAAACAUACAGGGGAGAAAAGACAGUUAAUAUGCUUGAAACAAAAACAUGCUGAGACAAAAAAUUAAUGUUUUAAUCUGCUUUUUAUGCUGAGAGCAAAUUUAUAAUACACUUGAUGUGUCUGACCUCUUUGAUUAAGGGUCUGUGUUUGAUUCCUAAAACAUGCUGUGGAAUUUUACUAAUCCAUCAUAUAGACACCCACUCCAUAAAUUGGUGUAGUAUACAAAUGCGCUAUUUACACUUGCGAUAUAGCCACAGCCUUGGCACCAUUUUAAUAAUAAAUAUAAAGUGACAGAGCCAAAAAGAAUAUGCCAACACCUGGUUUAGUGGAAGGUGUCCCUACCCACAGAAGGGGCGUGGGAGCUGGACAAUCUUUAAGGUCUCUUCCAAAGUCCUGUAGAUGCUUCUGUUGCUUUUCCCGUCCCACAGGCCAGUGAUGCAGUGGCUUUGGGUCACAGCAGUAGCUGGGAAGUGGGACAGAUCUGAAGGGUUCCCAACUCCUGCUUGCUGCCAUCUUUCCAUCAUCCAUUCUUUCUACAAUACCCAGACUCAUCCAUAAAAAUACAUAUUUCUGGAGAUGGAGUGGCAGGGCUGUUUGGAGAGAACGGCAGGUGGAAGGGUCACUUUAAGGGAAUGUGGAUGCACAGAAGUUUUCAUUAACAGGAUCAAGCUACUCACUGAGAUGAUUGGUACUGCCUCUAAAGCCUGAGACAGGGAAAUGGAGAGCUGUCCCUGCUGUCAAACCUCCUUCUUCUCCUUGGGAACUGGUCCUGUCAGGAUCACACUGACAUUUUUGUGGCUGCCCUCAUCAUGUGGCUGCAUCCCUGCAGCCAGGCCCUUGCUGCCUUGCAAUGGGGCAGGGAAAUUCCAGAUGGAAAAUUCUGGCAGACUUCACCUGCUUGAUGGGUGGGAGUGCAAAUUCUUAGUGUUUGUCCUUUCCUUCCUUCUCAUUUUCCCCCUUCCUUUAUUCUUUUCCAAUGGCUUCUAUUGUGUUGUUUCUUGCAGGGAACCAUCCUCACAGUGGCUGCUCUAAGUCUCUUUGGCAAUUAGAUUUUCAAACCAUGAAAGCAGCUCAUUCAAAUUCUUCUUCUCCAUGAGCUCUACAUGAGCUGUGUUUGUGUCUGUAUGAAGGGACCUUGUUCUUUCUCUUACAGGCUGCUAAAAUUUCCCCAAAGAGUAAAAGCCAUUGUCAGCUUUCACAAGUGAUUUUUUUUCUAGUCAAUUAAUAUUUUAAUAAAGACUAGAUGAAAGUGUUACUUUGAAGGAAACAAAUGAGUGUAUAUGAGCCCUUCUGCUCACUGUGGAGAUGGAUGGAUUUCCUCUGCCAUUCAAAAUUUUCUAGGAUGGUGAGACUGUGAAUAGGAUGUAAAGACUGGGGUAUGGAGAGAUGAGUUUUGAGAGAAGUGAUAAUGAAAUCAGGACAGCAGUACUGCAGACUGGCACAUCUCUGCUGUCCCAUCUUCUCCAUCAACCAACUGUACUUUCUAGAACUUAAAAAUGAGGGGAAAAAAACCCAAACACAAUGAACCACCUCUGGGUUUUUUGCAUUUUGUUUUCAACUAAGUGCAUCUGGGUACCUUUGCCAUUCACUUCUUCCCUUAGUUUUCUAAGGGAAGAAGUGAAUUUUCUUCCAUGUCAUUCCUUUAUUAUCAGAGUCCCCAAGUCAUUCUGCCCUAGCUACUGGCUAAAAUUAAAGUUACUAAGGAUUUUUUCCAUUGGUGCCCUCUGUCAGCCUGCACAUAACUCAUUUCACACCCCUCAUCAAGGAGCCAAUAAAAUAAUACAGAAGAGCAGCUAAAUAUUAGGGGAGAAUGGAGUAGCUUAGCCAUAAACUGAUUAGUUUUAUCUGUGGAACUGUAACUGGAUGCUUAGAUGGGAGCUCCCCAAAUCUGUUGUCAUGAAAUGCUGGGGAAUUACAGUUGGGGUGCUUCAUGCUGUUCCCUGCACUCUACUGCAGGUGCCAUUGGGAUUUAUCUGCUCCAGAGAGCUGCAGCCUGCACCUAGCUUAUCCUAGGGCUGCAGGAAGCACACACCCCAUGGCAGUGGGGUGCUUCAGCUUCCUUUGAGGAAUAAAGCCCAGCUACAGGGUUGUGCUCAUGCUGGUAAAUGGGAAGUUGAAAUAUAUGAUCUGAAAUGGCAGUGGUGUAAUGAAAAUGUGAUCUGACCCUAAACACAGCUGAAGAACACAAUUGUGUUAUAAAAUAGGAAAAAGUCUGGAUAGUUUGGAUAGUUUGGGCCACAACAAGUUAUACUGGUGUCAUGGUAAGAUAAAGACUCCUAGUGGAGUCAGAUAUUAGUAUUUUGUCAGAUACACUGACUAAAAUUAUGGAAGAAAUGAAUAAACUCAAUUUACAGCCUCAUUCUAGCAUCCAAUUUUUCUAUGUGUGCUUUCCCCUAUAUAUUUCUGUACUUUGGCAUUCUGACACCUUGUCCACCCCAAUUUUUCUCCCUUUUGUAUCCCCCUUGUGGUGCUGACAUAGGUGGUCCUUCAACUCCUUCCCCUCUCCAUACUCUGAGCUGCCAGGAUGUCAUUGGGAAGGUAUCUGGUAGAGAAGCUGUAUUUAAAAUGCAAAAAAGCUGUGUAAAAACUCUGGAAACACCAGCUGGCUGCUGUGUAUAAGAAUUUAAAAUGUUUCUCAGUGGUGCAAGAAGAAUUUCUUUAUCCUUCCUCCGACAUUAAAAUAUUAUCAAAGAUAGCAGGUAACAUUUUGACUGAGCCAACAUGUUAGGGAUGCAGAAGUACAGCCAGAUCCAGUAACGAGCUAAUUUUCCUUUCCCCUUUUACCUUUUGAUGCAGGGCAGCUGAGAUAUGUGUGUAGUUUCCCUGGCUAUAUUCUCUUUUUUGGCAGGAAAAUCCUGAAUACGGAGGGUUUGAAAUUUUUGGAGUGUUUGAGAACUCAAACAGGUCAGCCUCCUCUGGUGCAGUAGUAUCCUGGGGGUUUUUUUGUGGUUGUAUAGAGGAUUUCUGGAUGCCCAUGGGUAGGAAUUGUGUGUGCAGCAGUGUAGCUUCUGCAGGUGGGGCUGGGGAAAGGGAUUUUCCUGGAUCUCGACACCAAGCCAAGAGGGCAAGAGCUGUUGAUAGAAUUUCUUGUAGGGGAUCCCCACUGUGGAAAUAUUGACUCUGGCUCACUGCUUAGUUUAGAACCAUGUGAAAAAUGUACUCUGGACUUUAUGCAGAGCAGAUGGUCCAACAGGCUUUACUGGUUAGAGUGUGUCAAAUAACAGAUUGUCUAGAAAAGUUUUCUUGUUUUUGGCAGACAAUUCAGCUCAUAAUGUGUUACUGAAGUUCACUGUGCAUCUCUGCAGAAGUGGGCAGCUAACACAUUUUGUGUCAUCUGCUAUACCAAAAGUUUUUUAAAUAAUUAAAAAAAAAAGCAAAGUAGAAGUUGUGUCCCUACUUGUUCUCUUGAGUGGAGGUGGGAAAAGGCAGCUCCAGUGUGUGAGUAGAAAAUGAAAUCCAGAAAAUUGAUUUAUAUUCCAAAGCCACAAUCUCCUUCCAGCUGGUACAACUUUUUUUUUUUCAUUCUCUUUUAAUAUGCCCUUUGAAAUAAUUCCUCCCUUUAUUUUAGAAUCAGGAAAACAUAGAAGUCUCAGGCUUUAUUGCAAAAAACCAAAAAUAGAUUCUGCAAACUUUUAACAUCUACACAGAGUAGGCUAUUAAGUAGUAGUAGUAGUAUUAAGUAGUAGUAGUACCAGCUAUCACCAGAUUCAAGAAACCCAAGUAGUGUUUAAUGAGAACUGAGCACACACAAACAUGAAUAUUAAAGCACUGAUAAAGCUUGAUCAUAUUAAGGAUGAUAAUCUUGUGAAAGGUUCCUUGGAAGAACUGGAUUCUUCAGGUCCCUUUAGGUAAAAGUCAUAUAUUUUUCUCUUCUUUGAAGCAGUUUAUUGAAAACAUUGUAGUGUAAUCCAGGCAAAAACACCCCAUUGAGCUGUCUCACCUGGACUGGUCUGUCAUGUUCAGCAGGCAGGGCAAAGGUUUACUCCCAAGUGAUUUUCCAUGGUAAUGCUCUUUUAGCUUUAUCUGAUGUGUGACAGUGAGAAACUACUGUCCAGUUACCUCCUUGCUAUUUAGCUGAGCUGAAACAUUGAGCACCCCAAAGACCUUGCCUGAGACAGUGUUUACAGGUGAUGCCUGAGGAGCAUGAAGUCCUGCAGACUGUGCUUGUAUGUGAUCCCAAGGGAUGGCCAGGUCUUUAAAAUGGCCUUUUUCUCUAAUAAAUAUUGUAUCUGUAGCUGUGAACCACUGUCCAUGUUUUAUGUGUCAGUGCCUCAUUGCACAUCUUGCAGGUGAAAUCCCUUUGCCAAGGUAUCUUCUGUGAAUCCAUGUGUGCCCAGCUCAGGCUGGGAGUCAGUAAGAUCAGUAAGUUCUUCAGUGUGAGCCCUAAAAUCCAGUCUUUUCCCUUCUGCAGACCAUUACUCCAGUGAUGCCUUGUCCAAAUCGGUGGCCAGCAUGGCCAGCAGUGUGUCAGGCGCUGUGACUGGUCUGUAGGUGGAGGGUGGGACUUUUACUGACAAGGAUGAGGGUGGGGGUACUGCCCUCACUCUCCACAAUUCCUGCACAUUUUUCCAGACUCAGACGACAGCAGACUCCUUUUGCACUAAUCCAGACCUACUGACAGACCACGCUGUUGCCAGCUGGCAUGGUUUCAUUUGACUUUAUUAUUAAUCAGGGUUUGUCAGUUUUCUAUUGCUCAGCUUGUCUCCUUCUCAGCAGUAGAGCUGCCAGAGCCCCCAGUGGGGUGAGGGGACUAUCAUUUUCUGUAUCUCUUUUCCACAGUCAUUUGCUAUCUCCUGGGGAGAGCAAAAAUUGCCCAGAGCCUCCAGCUCCAUGGGUAAGGGGAUGUGGCAGUAUCUCUGAGGACGUGACCUGUGAGGAGGGGCAGCAAAUUCACAGAAUUCACAGAAGUCACAGAAUUUACAGAAUUAAAAAAAUCACUAGGUUGGAAGAAACCUUCAUCGAGUCCAACCCAUGCCCUAACACCUCAAGUAAACCAUGGCACCAAGUGCCACAUCCAGUCUUUUUUAAACUCAUCCAGGAAUGGUGACUCCACCACCCUGGGCAGAUGAUUCCAGUACUUUAUCACUCUUAUUGUAAAAAACUUUUUCCUAAUAUCCAACCGAUAUUUCCUUUGGCACAGCCUAAGACUGUGUCCUCUGGUUCUGUCAGUUGCUGCCUGGAAAAAGAGACCAACCUCCACCUGACUACACCCACCUUUCAGGUAGAGAGUACACCUCUCAGCUGUAGAGAUUGAUAAGGUCACCCCUGAGUCUCCUUUUCUCCAGGCUAAACAACCCCAGCUCCCUCAGCCACUCCUCACAGGGCUUGUGUUCCCAGCCCCUCACCAGCCUCGUUGCCUCCUCUGAAUGCACUCAAGGGUCUCAAUGUCCUUCUUAAAUUGAGGAGCCAGAACUGGACACAGUACUCAAGGUGUGGCCUCACCAGUACAGGUGAGGGCUGAGUACAGGGGAAGAAUGACCUCCCUGUUCCUGCUGGCCACAGUAUUCCUCAUACAGGCCAAGAUACUGUUGGCCUUCUUGGCCACUAGGGCACACUGCUGGCUCGUGUUCAGCUGGCUGUCGACCCCAUGACAGUUGUGAGUCAUGGCAGGGCAAGGAAGUGGGUUUGAUUUUUACCUGGAGAAGGAGAGCAAUCAGGCACAGGUAGCCUGAAGGAGGAAGAAACUUGGCUGGUACUGGGGGGAUAGCUGGAGGGUACACAGGUAAGGUUUAUAUUUUCUUAACAGCCUCACAGUUCUCCUUGUCUUACCUUCCAAGAAGAUGCUGACAGCAGAAAGACAGAGGAACACAGGACUGAUGAGAACUAUACAAUCCCAUAGCGAGAGGCUCCGCCCAGAGGAAAGAGCCAAGCAUUCUACCCAGAUAUAAUCUUGAGAUUCUGGAACAUCAGCACGGCUUUCUCCACUGGAUUUCCCAGAGAAAAGCUGCCCCUUGCACUAGAUCUUCAAAGGAAGACUACACAUUUCUACGGGAUCCCUGCUCCAGCAGAACCACACCUGAUACUUCAGGAGGACUGCAGCCACAAUUCCAAUUGGACUGCUACCAAUGCCCUGACCAAAACGGUGUCAGGUUGUGUUCUAGCUCUGUCAGUGUUGUUUUACUUUACUGCAUUUGUUGUAUUGCAUUCUUAUAUGUUUUAUUUGCAUUAAGUUGUACUUUGGUUUGACCCAGAUUCACCCCAUUAUAACGGUUCUGCCCCUGCA